AUGCUUACAAAGAACAAUAAUAUUCAAACUCAGGUUGUAGAUCGUGUAAAUAACGACAACGCAGACUAUGUUUAUGUCGAUUUCGGACAAGAACAGAACAAAGAUGAACCUUAUGAAGUAGUUGAAAUAGGAGUACCUGGGCCUCCUGGGAUACAAGGUGCACAAGGAAUGAGAGGAUAUCCUGGUCAAGCUGGGACUCCUGGGUCAAAGGGAUAUAAAGGAGAUCCAGGUAAAACAGGACGUGUUGGACCUCGAGGUUUCACUGGGGCGUCGGGACCUAAAGGCCAAAUGGGAGAUCCUGAUAAAAGCGGUAAAACUGGUCAAACAGGAUCUGCUGGACCACCUGGACAAAUUGGACCUAUUGGACAAAGCGGUUCCCCUGGAAUGGACAGAGCAGAUGGACCACCUGGUAAUAAUGGUUCAAAGGGAAAACAAGGAGAAACAGGACCUCCUGGACUCUCUGGAAUCAUUGGACUAACUGGGCCACUUGGGACAUCUGGUCCGAGAGGACCGUCUGGGCCAUCAGGAGAAACGGGAAUCACUGGACCAAAGGGAGGAAAGGGAUAUUCUGGUGACACAGGGGAUCAAGGAAACACAGGACCUCGUGGGGAAUCUGGAUUAACUGGGCCACCUGGAUCCACUGGUCCUAAAGGAGAUACUGGUCAUCCAGGACCUUCGGCCUCAUGUGUUCCAUCAUGCCCGGAAGAAUAUUCUUUGUUAGAUAACCAAACUGUUAGUCCUAAUUGUUACUUCUACAGUACAACUAUAGAAGAUACGUGGAAAAGUGCACAGGCCAAAUGUUCCAAUACAGACGGAGCCUACCUUUGGAGGCCAAAUACUGAGGCAGAAGCUGAUGCUGUCAGAGAUAAGUUUACUAUCCGUACGCAAAGACUGUACAUAAUUCAUCCGGGUUUUUCUAACACAAAUGCAGCUAUUCAUCUACAUUCCACCCAAGAUUCUGAGAUUUGA